CUCCUCGGUUGCACACUCAGUGAAUGAGCUGUCCUCCUCCUCUUUGUAGAUCUUUAGGGUUUCCUGUGUUUCUCUUUGGACUAAGAAAAAGCGGGACUUUUGAUUUUGAAAGCGAGCAAUGAGUACAGAGAAUCAAACGAUGGUGAAAGGGAGUGAGGUAGAAGUGUCUUCUCAAGAGGAAGGUCUCAAAGGAGCUUACUUUACCGCUCUUCUCGAGGAAAACACAACCCUCUCAGGUCGCAAGAAGCUUUCUGUCACUUACAAGACUUUACUAACCGACGACGGUUCGUCUCCUCUUACCGAAGCCGUCCAACAGAGUCUCCUCCGACCGGUUCCGCCUGAGGAAGAUUACGCCGGCGUUGUUCUGGAGGAAGGAACGGUGGUGGACGCUUACCUCAGAGAUGGGUGGUGGACUGGUGUCGUUAUAAACAAGAAGUUAGAGGAUAAUAACUUCUUGGUCUGCUUCGAUUCACCGCCGGACAUUAUCGUGUUCGAGAAGACAAAUCUCAGGGCUCAUGUUGACUGGACCGACUCCAAAUGGGUCCGACCAGAUCUCAAGGAAGUGGAUAAGAAGUCUAUGUUCUGUCCUGGGAGAAUGGUGGAAGUUAGUUCUUCAGUAGAUAAUGCGGAGGAUGCGUGAUUCCCGGCGAUGCUGAUCAAAGAGAUUGAAGUGGACGGUGAAAAGAAGUUCAUUGUCAAGGACUGUAACCAUGAGGCAAGGCCAAACACAACCGUUGAUCCUCGCCGCGUUAGGCCCCAACCGCCUCCUCCUUCCUCGGUUGAAGAAAAGUAUACUGUGAUGGAUCGUGUAGAGGCCUUUCAUGGUUCGGUGUGGCGCCAAGGCUUGGUGAAGGAAGUUCGGACUGGAAAACGCUACAAGGUUUUUUUGGUGGCUAAAAAGGAGGAACACUUUUUUGGUCAGUCUGAUGUUAGACCUUUGAAGGUGUGGGAAGAUGGCGCUUGGCAUGACGUAUCAAAGGAAGAGACACCACCUUCCAAGGGCGUGAAACCGAAGACAGUAGUGACUUCUAAAAGGGCCAGAAGGCAUGUGACUGGAUCAUCCCUCAAUCCUGAUGAGACACUCACUGUUGCUGCAACUCGAGAAUUAGGAAACAAGAAGGCUGCUCCAGUUGUAACACCAUCACCACCGGUUAUAGCUGCUACACCGACUGAAACUGAAGGACAGCUAUCCUCAGAGCCAAGGAGUAAACAGAAUGGCUUGGAAAAAAAUGAUUCAAUCCCUCCACAUAAGAUGCCUGAGGAGGAGGAGACUAACCAAGUUCUGAGUAGAAAAAGAAGAAGAGAAGAAGAACAACAACAACACUCAGAUGUGAAUGAAACUGAGGUGUCGUCAUCUUCCUCUCAUCAAACCCCAAACGUGAUGAUGAUGAAUUCUGCUGCUAGUGUUGAGGAAACACCACCACCAGCGCUGCUGAAGGCUUUGCCUUUUGCAAAGAGGUCACCGUACUGGAAGAGUCCUGAAGCGAAGGAGGGUUACAAAACUAUGCCACAGCGCCCUCACUUCAGCCCACUGCUUGCUGCUGCUGCUGAAUAUGUUAAUCACCGUGAGUGGUCAGCGGUUGGCAUGACGGUGUCCUUUUAUGGUUUUCUAGAACAAGUCAAAGGUCUGAAACCCCAUGAUUCCUUGAGCGUUCUCUGUAGUCUCAGUGAAUCUUUUGUGGAACUAGAGGAGUACGGUUUCGACAUUGGUGCACCUCAGUCUCGGAUCCGCAAGAUGAUGUCUCUCAAAGAAGAGCAAGCGAAGAUAGCAGAGGAGAAACAGUGUCUUGAGAAGAAGGUUGAUGAGGACGAGAAGAGAAGCCGCGAGUUAGCUGAAGAAAUGGAUGUGUUGAAAGGCAAAAUGCUUGAGCUGCAGAGACAAGAAGCGGUUGCAAGAGAGGAGAAAGAGGCAGCUGACAAGAGGGUAGUUGAAAUGAAAGCAAGUGGGGAAAGGUUUGAGCAAAAGAUGGAAGAUGUGGAACUUGAGUUUCUUGAGACUGCCUCGGCUCCAUGGUAAGAGGAGUUUAAAAGAAAACAAAACUAUCAAGUAGUAGCUCUAACGUCUGUUUUAGUAAAUCAAAAUCUAGAGUUAACCAUGUUGGCUAGCUAAUAUGGUUAUGCUUACCAUGUUAGUUAAACAGAAACUAGAUCUUUUGUUGAUCUUAUUAUCUAUGUUGAUGAUAACUUACGGUCUUUUGUAGACGUUAUUGAGGUUAGAAUCAAUAUUUUGUGACUUUUAAAAUAUGUUUGCUGAUUUUGAGAUAAUCUAAAAGAGUGAAGCUAGUUUAUCUUUAAAUUAAUUUAAAAACGUUGCUGCCAAUUAUUAUAGUGUUACAUGAUACAAUUGUUAAGUUGUUGCUGGUAUAGAAAUUUUUUAAAAUCGAAUUACAUAGUUUUUUUUUGUCAAGAAUUAUAUAGUUUAAAAUAGGAAAUGGUGUGUUUUGUUAAUAUUAUUCAGAUAUAUAUCACGGAGCU